AUGAUACGCCAGAGCGGCCGCCUGAUUCGGCACAUUCCCCAGUCUAUUCCCAGCAGGCUGGGGCGGAGCAGCGCGCGACAAGUGUUGUGCAGGCCCCGGUUUUCUACCCAGGCAUCUCGAAGACAAGCCGACGAGAGUAUUCUGGGAUCUUCCCGCACUAGUCGUCAAGAUGCGGCCAAAGACUCCCUGCUCAAGAAGAUGGGCGAAAGUGCUGCCACCACUUUUGCUUCCAUCUUCGUCCUCGCCUUCGGAUUUGCUGCUGCCGGCUACAUUUACCAUAAGAGCUACAAGAUGAUUGUCUUGAAAAAAUUGACUCGCGCCUUUGAGCCAGGUGACCCUGUUCUUGACUUGGCAACAACUGCCAAAGAAACGCCUCGAAAAGUGGUCGAGGAGGAGCAUUGGGUUCAGCGCCCAGAGCAAGAGUAUGUGGAUGCAAUCAUUGAUGGCAGAGAGUCUGGCCAUUACUAUCUUUUUAUGGGAGAGAAAGGCACAGGCAAAAGCAGCAUGCUCAUAGAAGCCAUGCGCAAGACUGAUGGAGAUGGAGUGGCCAUGUUCGAAGCUCAUGCCGAUACUGAAAUCGUAAGAAUCCGUCUUGGCAAAGCACUCGACUACGAGUUCCAUGAGGACUAUAUUGGAGGAUACUUCAGCGAGCGGGGUCCUCGAGAGACCACUGCUCUUCUUGACAUCGAACGCGCGCUGAACAAGAUGGAGAAAGUGGCUAUGAAGCUCCGGAACAAAAGGGGCAAACCUCUCGUCCUCAUUGUGAACCAGUUACAUCUCUUAAGGAACAACGACGAAGGCAGAGACCUUAUCGAGCUUUUACAACAGCGUGCUGAACAAUGGGCCGCGGCAAGUCUGGUCACCAUGAUAUUCAAUACUGACGACUACUGGGUAUACGAGCGGCUGAAGCUUCUGGCAACACGCAUGGAUGUUCUUGCCGUUACCGAUCUACCGAAAUCACAAGCCAUCAAAGCUUUGAGGAAAUACCGUAUGCGAUACUUCAAGGAAAUCCCAAGCCACCAAGAGCUCGAGGAUGUGUAUGAUCGGAUAGGUGGCCGCUUGAGCUUCUUGAAUCGCGUGGCAAAGAGCAAAGACAUGAUCAACACGUGCGAGAAGAUUAAGGAGACCGAAAAGAAAUGGUUCCUCAACCAGUGCUGGAUCCUCGGUUCAGAGAUGGACGAUGACGUGAUGGAUCAACAGAAAUGGGCUGCCGCCGCCAUGGUUCUCGCCCUAGCUCUGGUCGAUAAAGAGGAAGAGAUGGAGAAGACGUAUGAUCCAGUUGUGGGCCACUUGCUGCCAACUUUUCCUUUCCACAUAGCACAAGAGCUCAUGACUCGAGCGGAUUUCAUCCGAGACCUCGAUAGCUUGAAUCUCUUUACCGUUACUAGCCAGGCCGACGUUCGUGCGAGUAGCGUCCCGAUGCACCUCGCAUUCAAGGAUAUCUGCGCCGAACCUCGGUUCCGGAAGCAUCUCGAAGAUACGAUCCAGAGAAUCUCUGAUAUUGAGAGCUUGGGCCGUACCAGAGAACUGGUUGCCAAGGACCUGGUCCUUGGUGGUCAAUACGACAUUGAGACGAGCCGCAAGGGCAUCACGGUCCGAUUAAAGCAGCCCGAGGAAAAAGAUGAUUAA